AUGAAUAAAUAAUAAUCGAUCGGAUAAUAUGUAUUUGGUAUAUAUUUUGAAGAAUGAAUAUAGGCAAAACCUUAGGAGAAGGUACCUUCGGAAAGGUGAAAUUGGCUACCCAUCAAACAACUUAAGAAAAGGUGGCAAUCAAAAUUUUAGAGAAGAGCAAAAUAGUGGAUACUUCUGAUAUUGAAAGAGUAACAAGAGAAAUUUAGAUUUUGAAAUAAAUCAGACAUCCAAAUUUAGUGUAAUUAUAUGAAGUAUUAUGUGAUUAUACUAAGAUAAUAGAAACUUAAAAAUAACUGUUUUUAGUAAUGGAAUAUAUAAAUGGUGGAGAAUUAUUUGAUUACAUUGUUUAAAAUUAGAGACUGAGAGAUGCAGAAGCAGCUAAACUUUUUGCUUAAUUAAUUUAAGGAAUAGAGU